AUGGCAACUCCUUCGUCGACUUCAACCAGUCCCGGAAAGCGCGCGAACACGUCGAAGCUUCUCAAUGACUAUCAACUCGGGGACUCUCUUGGAAAGGGCGCGUUUGGUCAAGUCUACCGGGCACUUAACUGGGCUACUGGUGAGACCGUGGCCGUGAAGGAGAUACAACUCAGCAACAUACCAAAGGGAGAGCUCGGGCAGAUAAUGUCCGAAAUCGACUUACUCAAGAACUUGAAUCACCCUAAUAUAGUCAAGUACAAGGGCUUCGUCAAGACCAGGGAAUACUUAUACAUCAUCCUUGAGUUCUGCGAAAAUGGAUCAUUGCAUAAUAUCUGCAAACGUUUUGGUAAAUUUCCAGAGAACCUGGUAGCGGUUUACAUCUGUCAAGUCCUGGCGGGGCUCGUAUACUUGCACGACCAAGGUGUCAUCCAUCGCGAUAUUAAGGGCGCAAAUAUUUUGACUAACAAGGAUGGCUGUGUAAAGCUUGCUGACUUUGGAGUCGCUAGCUCUACUACAACUGGUGCCAUUCAUGAUGAUGCCGUUGUGGGCAGUCCAUAUUGGAUGGCACCUGAGGUCAUCGAGCAAUCUGGCGCAACUACUGCGUCAGACAUCUGGAGCGUUGGUUGUGUAGUUAUCGAACUUCUGGAAGGAAAGCCUCCAUAUCACUUCCUCGACCCCAUGCCUGCGCUCUUUCGCAUCGUCCAGGAUGACUGCCCUCCUAUUCCUGAUGGUGCAUCUCCAAUUGUCAAGGAUUUCCUACUUCACUGUUUUCAGAAGGACUGUAACCUCCGAAUAUCGGCCAAGAAAUUACUCCGUCAUCCUUGGAUGAUAUCUGCAAAGAAACAGAUGAACAUGGCUGCAGGGAAGGGACCGGGGUCUCCAGAAGGCGGACCGCAAUCAUUCCUGGAUGGCAAGAGACCCACGAGCAACUAUAACUACGACGAGGCUGUUCUCAAGGUACAGGAAUGGAAUGAAGCUCUCAAAUCUCCUACACGACCUACGAAGAAGACUAGUCGUAACUCCGUCUCUGAAGGUCAACCACCAUCCCCGACUCGUGGCGGUCGAGAUAAGCCUGCGGUGUCGCUCCUUCAGCAUUCAGUUCUUGGUCUCCAGGCUUCGACCUCUGGGAACUCUGUUCUCAAAGGAUCCAAUACUGCCCCGGGAAAGCCCUCUGCCCCCGUUGCUCUAGUGGAGAAGAUUCGGGAGCCGCUAGCUUUUGUCCUUCAGCCUCCAGAAGAGCAAACAGACAACUGGGACGAUGACUUUGAGGAUGGACCCUCAUUCACCAAGUUACAAGCCUCCACCUUAGAGAAAACGUCCAUGGAAGAUGAAAAACCGGAGGGUGAUGAUAAUGCGCAGACCAUCAGACCAAAUCGUAGCCCAGCUGGCCCCGGGACAAUACCACUCGCAAGGGCACCGUCUGCCGAUAUUGUACCCAUCGUCGAAGACUAUUCCGACAUCGCAACCGAGGAGGACGAGCUCCUGCUUCAAGAGAAAGUGGCAGAUUUCAAGGUCAGUGUAUCCCUUUUCCCCUUAUUGCUGUCUGAGAACUCUCGCAAUGUCGAAGAUGAAGAAUUCAUUCUCGGACUCCUUUCUGGUUCUCCCGGUCCUAUAUCUGCACCUCUUCCUAGUCUGUCGCGGAAGGCAUCCCGCCCGUCUCUCAGUCCUAUUUCUGGCAUGGGUCUACCACCUACAGGUUCGAUACGAUCACAUUCCCGCUCAUCUUCCUUUGUCGGAUCUGGUUCAAGUGCUUCCGGCUCUUUUGGUCGCGUAGAGGCGAAACGUGCGGCUAGCCAUGCUGAAUUUGGCAAGUAUGCUGAGGACGACGAUGAGGACUACGAUGAUAUCUUUGGAAAACCUGGCGGAACUACUCUCGAACAACCGAUGCAAACUCUACAACUCAACACAAGGUUGUCGAACAAGUCAUGGCUCGGAGACGAUUCGGACGAAGACGAUCCUUUCGCAGAAAUCGACGAAGGUUUUGCUGAAGAUGAUCUUGAAACUAAUCUCCAACGUGACAAGAAUGCCCGGUUGUGCAACAUGGUGAACCAACUCAUCGAUGAACUGACGCCCUCGGCGCCUGACUUCCAACUGCGUGAUGCUUGCGAUCAACUGAUCAAUAUCAUGACAGAGAACCCAGAUAUGCUUGUGCAGUUGGUGUCUUCACAUGGUAUGCUGGCAAUUUUGGAGGUACUGGAAGGCAAGUGCUCUAGGGACGUCCUCAUGAAGCUUCUUCACAUCAUCAACUUGUUGGUCACGAGCGAUCUUGGGUUCUUAGAAAGCUUCUGCCUCAUAGGUGGGAUUCCGGUCAUGAUGGGUUUCACUUCAAAGAAAUACCCUUCUGAGUGUCGCGUAGAGGCGUCCAACUUCAUCAGGCUACUCUGCCACACAUCUGUAUUGACGUUGCAGAUGUUCAUCUCAUGUCGUGGCCUGAAAGUUCUUGUUGAUCUGUUGGACGAGGACUACACCGACCAAACUGAGCUCGUUGUCGACGCUCUCAACGGCAUAGGAAGCGUGUUCGAAUUGCAAACACCAACGACUAAGAAUGACUUCUGUCGUAUGUUUAUCCGCGAAGGCCUUCUCGACCCUCUCUCCUCCGCUUUGCUCAAUGUCAUGGGCAAUUCCAGUCCCAAUGCAGUCCAGAUGAAGCACAAGAUUAUACAAAUCCUUCUCGUGUUCUCGCAAGUGACACAAAGCGAUAUCCACGUACGUAACGCCAUGGGAACACGGAAGAUCGUCAGACGUCUAUUACGCGCAUGCGAGCUUCUGGAGAUGGAAUGCCUAGUUCAGAUGCUGAAAGCUGUGAAGCACUUGUCCAUGAAUGCUAAUCUGCUUGAGGUGCUUCAAAACGCCAACGCCAUCGAGAUACUCAUUAAACUGCUGGACGAAGAAAAGACCGAUCCCCAUAGCACGGAAGUGUCAAAUCACAUUUUCCAGACCUGUUAUAACCUCUGUCGGCUGAACAAGUCACGACAAGAGGAGGCGGCUCAAGCCGGCAUUAUUCCGUGCUUGAAGCGAGUAAUUGAGACCAGCUCACCUCUCAAACAGUUCGCGUUGCCCAUUCUGUGCGACUUAGCUAGUGCGGGGAAAAGCUGCAGAUAUCUCCUCUGGCAACAUAAUGGUCUCGCGCUUUACUUGAAACUUCUAGAGGACCCAUACUUUCAGGUCAGCGCCUUGGAGGCGAUUCUGUCAUGGUUGCAAGAUGAAACGGCCAAGAUCGAAGAUGAGCUGGUCAGCCACGAGUCUCUUGAGGCGUUGCUCAAGUGCUUCGUAUCCGCGAAAGCCAACUCCUUUGAAAACCUCCUUGACCCCCUUCUUAAAAUCUGUCGUAUCUCUACCCCACUCACCAUCGGCCUUGCAAAAUCUCAAUUCUUCAAGCGCAUCAUUGACAGGCUCAACCACAGCCGCGCGGUCGUUCGUCUUAACCUCUUGCGUAUCCUUCGGACUGUUUGCGACGUGCACCCAAACCGUGCGAUGUUGGUAGAGCGCUACGGAUUGCACGAAAUGGUCAUGAAGCUUAGCAAGGAUGAUGGUGCUGUCUUGGUGCGCGAGCUGGCGAGAGAGAUUCUACCGGCACUAGCCCCUGCACUUAAACCGGCGGGCAACAGGUCUCUGCUCAAGGGGUACGAUACUCCGAAAAGCAGUGUAAUAGCGCCCAAGAAAGCCAGGCGGACGGCAUCGGAAACGUCUGUGAUGACGGGAUCAAACUCGUCCAUGCUGGGUCUGAGCAUGGGUCCCCCUCCGACAUCGAGGACGGGGAUAGAGAGGGCGCACUCAUCAUCCAGGCAUAGACUUGGUGAUAUACCUUGGCAAUCUCAUGGGGGACAAAGAUGA